UGGUUGUUAGCUUGUGAGGUGGUGGAGGUGGAAGGGGGCAGUUGCUUCCCAAGAUGGCGGCAAUAGGGGCUUUUGGUGGGGUGGUAGAUGGGGCAGCCGCCUCUUCUGGGUCGCUCCCAGGCCCAGAUGCAGGCUCAGCCAACGCCCCUGAAGAGAUAUUGCCGCCCUUGGAAUCGACCGAAAUAGCGGGUCGCCUAGAAAGAAGCGCCCGACAAUUCCGUAACCGACGCAAGGUGCUCAUUCGCGGGCUGCCUGCCGACGUCGCCAACCAGGAAAUACAUGAACUUUUGAGUGAUUACGAACUUAAGUACUGUUUUGUGGACAAAUACAAAGGAACAGCUUUCGUCACCUUAUUGAAUGGGGAACAGGCAGAAUCAGCCAUUAAGAAAUUUCACUUGAGCACGCUGCGAGACAAGGAGAUUACAGUGCAACUACAACCCACAGAUGCCCUCUUAUGCAUUGCCAAUCUGCCCCACCUCUAUACACAGCAGCAGUUUGAAGACCUGGUUCGACCAUUUGGGAACUUAGAGCGUUGCUUCUUGGUAUACAGUGAGGAAAGUGGACACUCGAAAGGUUAUGGUUUUGUGGAAUACAUGAAAAAGGAUUCAGCAGCCAGAGCAAAGUCUGACCUGUUGGGCAAACAGCUGGGAACACGGACUCUGUAUGUUCAUUGGACAGAUGUCAACCAGUUGACUCUAGAUCUUAUUCACUCAAAAUGUCUAUGUGUAGAUAAAUUGCCCCACAAUUAUAGUGAUCUUGAAGAACUAAGGCAGACCUUCUCUGCCAUUUGCCCUCCAACAUUCUGUCAGCUGGCAUGUGGUCAGGAUGGGCAGCUGAAAGGCUUUGCAGUCCUGGAAUAUGAGUCAGCUGAGAUAGCAGAGAUGGUUCAGCAGGCUACCAAUGGCUUUCUACUUGCUGGGAACCAUAUCAGAGUCUCUUUCUGUGCUCCGGGCCCUCCUGGACGAAGUAUGCUAGCUGCUCUGAUAGCUGCCCAGGCAACAGCACUUAACCGUGGUAAAGGGCUUCUACCUGAACCCAAUCUUCUUCAGAUUCUGAACAGCCUGGGGAAUCCUUCAUCCCUCCAACUCUUACUCAACCCCCUACUUCAUGGAGCCAUUGGAGGAAAGCAAGGAAUCCUUGGAGCACCACCAGCAGUAUCUCUUCUAACCAACCCAGCUCUGUUCACAGCUCAACUUCAGCUGGCACUCCAAAAUCAAACCCAAGCACAGCAGAAACCUGGAAUCUUGGGAGAGUCUCCUCAUGGUUCCUUGCAGCACAAUACUAUGGGAAUGUCAAACUCUCCAGCUUCUCAGGCCGGAAAUCAGUUAUUAGGAGAGAUGUCCUCAGGUGGUUCUUUGCCAGCUGAUGUUUCCCCAGGAUCUGUGAAAUCUACUAUCUUGCCUUCUGCAAACUUGUCCGUGCCAUCUUUCUUGGGACCACUGGCAAUGGAGAGGGAGAAUGCUGCGAUGGGAACCCAGGCACCUCAGCUUACUUCACCUGGCCUACAGGGUCUCACUACCUCCAUUUUGGGAUCUAUGAUCAGUGGGCUUCAGAAACCUUCUGAUAACAGAUCAGACAAUAGUCCUCAGGGUCCUCAGUUAACUAAUGUUUCUCUCCUAGGAGAGCCACCAAAAGACUUCAAGAUUCCACUCAAUCCAUAUCUAAAUCUGCACAGCCUUCUCCCUAGAAGUAAGGUUGGAGGUGGAACUAAUAAAACAUUCAGCCCAAAGACUGGUGUACUCGGCAAUGCUUCCAAUCCCAGAAUGCAACAGGCAUCCAUGUCUGAUCUUCUCCUGCCCUCAUCUAGUCAAUCAGAAGAUAAUUCUGCAUUUGACUAUCAGCCUGACUUGGUAUCACGAAUAUAUCCCCGAGAGGCAGCAUCCCAGCUAGGGGUAUUUGCACAUAAGAAGCAAAAGGUUUCAUCUCCUGGGUUUGAGCAAAACCACCUAGGAACGCCAUUGCCCCCAUUCUAUGCAGGGUCUCCAACCUCAUAUUUCACAAGUGGCCUUCAAGCUGGACUUAGACAAAGCCACCUGAACAAAGCUAUUGGGAUGCCACCAAUGGGCACAGGAGACAAUAUCCUUGGAUUAGGACCAACUAGCCCACCCCACAGUAGCUACGCAAAGACUCCCAUUGGAGGCCAGAAGCGAGCCUUUUCUCAUCUGCUACCCUCUCCAGAGCCUAGUCCAGAAGGCAGUUAUAUUGGCCAGCAUUCUCAGGGCCUGGGAGGGCACUACGCAGACUCCUAUUUAAAGCGAAAGAGGAUAUUUUAAUCCAUUUCUUAGUUGAAACACUGUUAUCCUCCCUAGCCCCAAUGUGUACAUUGUUUGUAAAAAUAUUUUUACUGUUUAUUUUAGUGUUUUUUAAAAUGCUUGUGUGUAAAAAACCCCCAUACCUUUAUGCUUCUAAGACCAGCUGCAGUCUUGUUAUGGACAUUGAAGAUGGGACUUGGAUGUUUGCUCCCAAAGAGCACUGUUUUUUCCCAGGUGAAGCUAUGUGACAAUCAUGAGAAGCUUUGCCAAGCUUAGUCAGCUGGACCAAAAUCAACAAAUUGGGUUUUUCCUACUGUUCCUUCCUCUGCAAUUCAGAUUGGAGUCUUCUUCCUGUAAGAGCCAUGCCUUCUAGAGAGAUACAAGUUCCUGCCUUAAGACUCCUAACAAAGGCAUAUGUCCUUCUAGAUGUUUCAUAGUACAGUGGAGUGAAUGGUGAUGAGGAAGGCGGUGGUGAUGCUUUGUGUCCACUGGGAAACAGAGUUCCAAAUAACUGCAGAUUAUCACAAUCACACUCCUAGAGUAUUCAGGUUGAACUGAGUCUUCACUUUCUCUACACGCUUUUUUUAUUGGUUUCUUUUUAAAGUAUACGUCUAUUUUGCUUUUGUAAAUAUUUGUAAAUUUCUUUUUUAAAAAAAAAUUCUGGGCUUUUAGUUGCUUCUUUCUAAUGAUAGUUUAGAAACAUUGGAUCUUGGAGUUACAUCAAAGUCAUCUUGAAUAAUGCUUUUUUAAAAAGUUUCUGUCUUUUUAGGUGUAGUAGUUUUUAGUCUAGACCAAUUUCUUUUUGAGAUACAAACCAUUUUCUUCUGAGUGUGUUUUUUUCUAUUUUGACCAUUGUCUUCAUGCUAAUACUGUGAUCUGAUAUCUUUUAAACCAAACUUUAGUGGCUGGGACAAUCUUUGGGUGCAUUGCUUUCUAGAGUGACUUGUUUUCUUGCAAUUACACUCCUUAGUGACACAUCUGACUUUUCGAUAGAAUUCACCUUUUAUAUGGUGCCUGCAGUUGGGCAGAACUAGCCAACUACUGAAUUGAUAAUUGGAAUCUUUAUGCUGUGUUAAGGGAGGAUAGAUAGAAAGCACAACCACCUCCAACCAGAGUGGUUUGGGCAAGAUCCAGGUUUAAAUUGUUAACAAAGAAGAGUUCAUUCCUUAAGCCAGUUUAGAUUCAGGAUAGGCAAUAUUGUCCAUUCUCAGAGGAGACCAAUAGGGUUCAUUUUGAGAGAGUGGGAGUCUAUGGCCUUCUCCCCAAGGGAUUUAGAGUUCUGCUUUGAUAUAAUGAACUAUUUCUGUUUCAUAAACAUGCUACAAUAUUUCUACUAUAUAUACUGGCUGGUUUGCUGUAUUUGUUGCUGGAUUUCAAAUCCACCAACAGCUGGAUACCAACUUCCUUAAAGUAAAGCUAUAUUUAUAUCAAACUUCA